CCCCUGCCCUUUGAACUCACGGAUCUAGAUCAGAAAAUCCUCUCCCAGACCGACGAAGAAUACCAACCCCUUUCCUGGGACGAGGUGAAACGCAUAGCCGCCGAGAACCGCCUGGAGCUCUUCACGCGCACGCCGUCGCAGCUGCGGCGGUACUUGACGUGGUCGCGGCGUAUUCGGAUUGAAUAUGGCGGCAUGUUGAACUACAUCUGCACGGAGAGACUGCAGUGGGACAUCGCGGACGGCGGGGUUGCGUGUGUGAACCCAGUCCCGUUCGCCGAUGAGAGGGACUACACGAUCCGGCUCAACGACUGGCCCUAUGGCGUCAGUCCGGAGAUCCGGCACCUGUUGGUCUGGUUGAAGACGCCGCUGGCGGUCGAUCUGGAAGGGAAGUUGACGCGGGAAUCGUGGGACUCGAUCGAUCAUUUCGUGCGUCGGACGUUUCGAGUCAAGCUAGAGGCGGACGGACAUGAAUUGCCGGCGAGCGAGAGGGUGCUGUGGUUUAAGAACUGGACGGCGCUGCAGAGCGUGCGGGCGCUGGAGCACUUUCAUGUCAUGGUGCGAGGGGUUACAGAUGAGUUGAUCAAGGAGUGGACG